AUGCUUGUCACUUCUGUCCUCUGUAGAGCCGUAGGGAAGACCUGCUUGCUGAUCAGUUACACCACAAACGCCUUUCCUGGAGAAUACAUCCCUACUGUGUUUGAUAACUAUUCUGCCAAUGUCAUGGUGGAUGGGAAGCCGGUGAACCUGGGCCUCUGGGAUACAGCAGGGCAAGAGGAUUACGACCGGCUGCGGCCUCUUUCCUAUCCACAGACGGACGUUUUCUUGAUCUGCUUCUCCCUUGUGAGUCCAGCCUCCUUUGAGAAUGUCAGAGCCAAGUGGUACCCUGAGGUCCGACACCAUUGCCCAAAUACACCUAUCAUCCUGGUGGGCACCAAGCUGGACUUGAGGGAUGAUAAGGACACCAUUGAAAGGUUACGUGACAAGAAAUUGGCCCCCAUCACCUACCCCCAAGGUUUGGCCAUGGCUCGGGAGAUUGGGUCGGUGAAGUACCUGGAGUGCUCUGCCCUGACGCAGCGGGGCCUGAAGACGGUGUUUGAUGAAGCCAUCCGGGCUGUGCUCUGCCCCCCGCCCGUGAAGAAGCCUGGCAAAAAGUGCACUGUGUUCUGAGGGCCUGGCCCAGGCUCAGCACGUUGUCAUCCUCUGACAGACUGCAUAUUAGCUGGGUGUUUCUGAAGGGGGCUGGGAUGUGUAGGGCCCUUCAUCAUGUAUGAAGUCAGUGUUUUUUAAAUGUCUCUUUGAUUUAACGUCAGUGUUGAUGUGAAGGGGCAGUGGGGGCAGGAGAGCAGCUGGGGGCUGUACAGGCCCCAGGGGAGGUACAGUGGGGAAGGCGUGGUAGCUCCUUGUGGCAGCAAGCUGUUUUGGCUCUCCUGAACACCGUGCUGAAAGGGCUGAGACAUCCACUCUGUCCUGGAAACGCCUGGUUCCACCUGCAGGUGGGCAGGUGGUGAAGAUCCUCUGGGAGCGGGGCGGAGCCCAUGGGAAUGGUGCUAAGUGACAGGAGCAGCUGGGAGAGGUGCUGGGGUCUCCUUGCUCAGCCCUGCUGUGGCUAAGUUAAUCUAUUGGUGCUCUAGCAGAUAUGUGCCUGAGACUGUUAAGGAAAUCAUAACCAGUCCUGGAAGGAGUCCAAGUAAAUGAGGUACGAAGCUGAAGAACUAAUCAUCAGGUGCUUUACUGGGGACUA